UGGGGUUUUUAAUUACAGAAAGUCUUCAGAACAGGUCAGAGAGAAGAAUUGCUGCAGUUCAAGAUGAGAGAUCAAACUAAACGGGGACUUCAGAGACCUGUUGGUGACCUGAAGGAAGAGCGACAGGACAGAGAUGGUGAAACCCGCAGACUCCUCUGGUACCAGCAGUCUGAAAGCAUGUCCAUCUGUAAGUGAGAUGGGAUGAGGCGGCAGCGGAGGGAAGGCUGCAGGAGCUCUCCAGGCAGCUGCUUACCUUGAAAAAUGCUGGAGGCUGGGCUGGGACCCAGGCCCCGGAACCUGUUUUUUUGUUUCCUGCCUCGGUCCCAGUAGCUGGUCCAGGCCUGUGCAUAUAUGAGUGAAGAACUGGAGCAGGCACUGAGCAUCCUCACCACACCAGGAGCAGAAGCUGAUCAGAUCCAGACAGGUCUUACUUACUAUGUAGCCCAGGAUGCCCAAGCAAGCUCUCAACUCACAAUUCUUUUACCUCUGGCAAUGGCCGCAGACCUGGAACCCUGGAAUAGCACCAUCAAUGGCACCUGGGAGGGGGACGAACUGGGCUACAAGUGUCGCUUCAACGAGGACUUCAAGUAUGUGCUGCUGCCCGUGUCCUAUGGUGUGGUGUGCGUGCUCGGGUUGUGCCUGAACGUCGUGGCUCUCUACAUCUUCCUGUGCCGCCUCAAGACCUGGAAUGCCUCCACCACCUACAUGUUUCACCUGGCAGUUUCUGACUCUCUCUACGCAGCCUCCCUGCCGCUGCUGGUUUAUUACUACGCCCAGGGUGACCACUGGCCAUUUAGCACAGUGCUCUGCAAGCUGGUGCGUUUCCUCUUCUACACCAACCUCUACUGCAGCAUCCUCUUCCUCACCUGCAUCAGCGUGCACCGGUGCCUGGGCGUCCUGCGCCCUCUGCACUCCCUGCGCUGGGGCCGGGCCCAUUAUGCUCGCCGGGUGGCUGCGGUGGUAUGGGUCCUGGUGCUGGCCUGCCAGGCACCCGUGCUCUACUUCGUCACUACCAGCGUGCGGGGGACCCGAAUCACCUGCCACGACACCUCAGCCCGAGAGCUCUUUAGCCAAUUUGUGGCUUACAGCUCCGUCAUGCUGGGUCUGCUUUUUGCUGUACCCUUUUCCAUCAUCCUGGUCUGUUACGUGCUCAUGGCCCGGCGGCUGCUCAAACCGGCUUAUGGGACCACAGGAGGUCUGCCCCGGGCCAAGCGCAAGUCUGUGCGCACCAUUGCCUUGGUACUGGCGGUUUUCGCCCUCUGCUUCCUGCCUUUCCACGUCACCCGCACCCUCUACUACUCCUUCCGAUCACUGGACCUCAGCUGCCACACCCUCAACGCCAUCAACAUGGCAUAUAAGAUCACCCGGCCACUGGCCAGCGCCAACAGUUGCCUUGACCCUGUGCUCUACUUCCUGGCAGGGCAGAGACUUGUCCGCUUUGCCCGGGAUGCCAAGCCACCCACAGAGCCUACUCCAAGCCCACAGGCUAGUCGUAAGCUGGGCCUGCGCAGGCCUAACAGAACUGACACUGUGAGGAAAGAUUUAUCAAUCAGCAGUGACGACUCAAGACGGACAGAGUCCACACCAGCUGGAAGUGAGACUAAGGACAUUCGGCUAUAGCACCUCAAUCAGCUGAUAGUUCAUGAAGGGGAGCUGUAGGGGACCAAGGCUUGUUAAAGGGGCUGAUAUCCUCUGGUGUGGAUCAUCAACAGCUCUCACUUGGCAGAGGCUCAGGAUACUCAUCUUGUGGUCCCAUGAGUAACAGGAUCCUGAAGUCCCCAAUCAUUUGUAGGUGUGAGUUGGGAAAUCAUACCUUAAGAAAGGCAAUGCCACCUGACUCCCAUGCAGACAGCUGCCAUUCCUGCCAGGGUACCUAGGCUGAGGUUCAGCCCCCUAAAUCCAAGGGAGAAGCAGGUCCAGGGAGGACACAGCAGAGUCCAGGCUUGCUACCUGGUUUAGGAGUAGAAUCAGAAGGUGACUAGAGGGCUCUUGUUCCAAUAGUGAUGUAGGAUGACCUGGGCACUAUGAGGGACUCAGCUCAGAGGAGGACCCUCAGGCCAAGAGACAAACAUAUGAGAGCUAAUGUCAGAUCCCUGGAGACUCCCCUGGGCUGGCAGCAGGUGGAAGCCGUAACUUACAAGAAAGGCUGUGCCACCCAUUGGGCUGUGCUCUGGGGCAUGGCCUGGAAAGCUGUCACCACCCACACGAAGGCCUGUUAUCCACCUGCCUUCCUUCAGCAGUAGGAAGUCUCAGACCGAGGACCUCUCCUCAGUCCUCCAGGUCAACCCUGCUUUUUAAGCCACUUGUCUUCUGUGUUGUGCUAUACCAAGCAUGGAGAAGAAUCAAACAGGGUUCUGGUGUUUGGGGUUACCCAGUUCACAAAACCUCACAUUUGCUGGUUAAAUGUCGAAUCAUUUAACUGAUCUGGGGUGGGGAGGGGCUUUUAUUUAUAACACUGCCAAUCCCUGUGGUGCAAGCAAUCCCACUGUGGCCAAUCCUAUUUCAAUUUCAAAUCACCAAAACAUUGGCAAACCCAUUGCAAAAUUCCUGAAAAAUCAACAACUGGUUCUUUUUUUCUGGGCUUGUGGGGGAGGGUAGCGUUGCUGAUUAGGCAGGAUCUCGGGUAACCAAAGGCGGCCUACAAAUUUGCCAGGUAGCUGAAGCUGGCCUUGAACUCCUUACCCUCUUGCCUCAAUCGACAAAGCGCUGGGAUUACAGGCAGAUGCCACACCUGUCCAACAACUGGUUCUUAAAAGCAGAUGCAGGGUACUUCAGCACCAACCAUGUUGACUAGCUGGCACUGUGUGAGCCCUGGUCAGGGAGCGGUCCCUGGAAUGCAUGAAAGUGGACGGGGCCAGCUCUGGGGUUUAGGCAGGAAUGGGCAAAGGUGACAAGUUGCUCUCUGUAUUUUGUUGCUUUGAUUUGGGGUCUUGCAAUGUGGCUCAGAAUCCUUAGAAUUCCUAGGCUCAAGUAACUUAUCACAUCUCCCCCAAGCAGCCGGUUUAUAAGCAGUCUCUUUAUACAGCUUACCUCCAGAGCACCCACCAAUGACAAGGAGCCAUCACAGGCCAGGACCCAACCAACUAAUUAUUCUGCAUUGUGUAAUUCAGAGUCAUCUGCCCAGAAGAGCACAAGAUGCCCACCUCACGCAUUCUAUGUUCAUACUAUGUUAAUGUACCUGGAGCCCCUCGGAGCUUUGGUAACUUCCA